AUGAACAGUUUCCCCUUAUUCCCUUACAAAAAUAUCGACUACACAAGAAAAAUUUCCACUGUGAAGGUCAGGAUUAUUUGCACUCUCGAUUUCUAUUUGACAGAAAUAGUUACUUCAUUUUUCAUUAUCGACGCAAACCAAGAUGGCAGACUAUCUAGAAAGGAAAUGAAUGAGGCAGCGUUUAUUGUGGGAAUGAAUCCCACGUCUAAAGAGCUCGAAGACUGGUGGGCCAGGGCGGAUAUAGACGGUGAUGGAUUUAUAUCCCUGGAAGAAUAUGUCAAAAUCAUGUCAGCAAAUUAUGUGUCUAUUGACCUGGAGAAGGAAAGAAUGAAGGCGGCUUUUAACCUUCUGGACAGGAACGGGGACGGCCGAAUCUCAUUGAGUGAAUUCCAGGCUGUCAUGAUGUAUAAUAACAAUGAAAUGACUAAAAAGAAAGUAGAGGAACUCUUCAAUGAAGUAGAUUCCGAUGGAAAAGGGUAUUUGAAUUAUGAAGAUUUUAUCAACAGUCAUAUUUGCUCAGUCGUCUUCCAGUGACGUUAUCAU